AUGUCAGUAGUCUUCUUUGAUCCAUCAUCUCCUAUGAAGAUGAUGAAUCACAACUCCCCAUCUGCUCUUCCUGUUGGUGAUAGAGUACAAUCCCCUCCUAAAAAGAAGAUUCUCACUAAACUCAAGACAACCGUUUUGAUUCAAAAAGAAUCAAUACUUGCCAAUGAGAAUCCAUGCGAUCACCACCAUGUGAAUAAUUAUUAUAAUAAUGGUGGCCAUUAUCCAACAACGACGAACUCUCAGACUUGUCCUCCCAAUACUCCAACGACUCCAUCCAACACCAGUCAAUGCAGUAAUCAAUCGAAUUCAAGUGCAGCUUCGGGUCUGUUGUGGAGUUUCUCUCAAGAGUACAACAAGAAACAACUUCCAACUUUUAAAAACUUUAAGACCAAAGCUGUGAAAGGAGGUUUUCAGUCAGAUUGGAAAGCAACAGGACCCAUCAUGACACACACUCUGAGUUCUUCAUCAACAACAACCUCCUCAAGCUCUAAUAGUUGUUGUUCAACUCCAAUCACAACCACCUUGAUGACACCAACCAAUCAUGUGUCGAUGAUGACCACAACAAUCGCCACACCACAAGGAAAGAAAAAGAAGAAGAAUCAAGUCAUUCCUCAGCAAGGGCUUGUUAUUUCUCCAUCUCAAACAAGCAUUUCUGAUCAAUCGCCAAUUAGUCUCGAAAGUGUGGAUUCACACUCGAGCAAUGAUUUGAUUUGGGUUCCUCAUUCACCUACCAUGAACCAAGCUGUUGUGUCCAUUCCAACAUGCACUGCCUCUAUUGCUGCUACUUCUACUACUAGUGCUUCAUCUACUAACCAAACGUGUCAUUUGAUUUUUUCUAACUUGACUUCACAAAAGAAGAAACCCCUCGCAAAGAAGAGAUUGGAAAAUUCUUCCAAAGUUUCAACGAGUGUUGCUACUACUACUACGACUGCCAUGAAUGCAAAUCCAACUACUACAAUGAAUUCAUCACCCAAUUUUGCAAAUAACAUUGUUCAGAAGGAUGAGAAUGCAACACAUCCAACACAAUAUCUCUCAGAGAAUCCUCAUCCUUCCUUAGCCAGAAUUGAAAAACCGGCUCAUAAAAUGUCUUCAUCCUUACCAAGGAAAACUAGAGAACGAAUUACCAUUCAAGAACUAUUGAACUAA